UACAGGACUACUGACAAAGAGAAUUUGACUCUGGUUCGUUUUAAACAUUAGUAACCUAAGAGUUUACUCAUUUUGAGGCUUCAGCACUUUUGAGAGAGCACCAAGAGAGCUUUUUGAAGGAGGGAAAUUCCCCUGAGAAACCAAAGAGACCUCCAUUGACUUUUCAAUACCCUCUUCUUGACCACACCGACAUCCAGCAGAGAUGUACAGUGGCAACAGCUACUCACAGGCCAAGUUUGGUCUGGAGGCCAAGGACAUCCACAAGGCAAAGGGAAAGAGCUGCGGCUAUUACAUGAGGGUGGUCUUCUUCUUCUCCUCUCUGAUCCAGUCCCUCAUCAUCGUGAGCCUGGUGCUGUUCCUGGUCUACGGCCAGCCAGAGAAGUCUGCUGAAGAGAGGAGGGUAGAGGAGCUGGAGCAGAGUUUGAACAGGAUCAGCGAGAACAACAUUAACCUGAGGAAGGAUAAAGCUGACCUGGGAGCUGCGCUGGGGGCCAGGAAGGCUGAGAAGACAGCCCUGGAGGGAGAGGUGGCCAUGAUAAAGAAGGCAGCGAAUGCCUCCGGGGAGCAGAUCAGAGCCCUCAUACUGAAAGCGAGCCAGUGUGAAACAGACAAGAAGAAACUAGAGAUGAGCCGUGCUACCCAAGUCCGGGGACCCACCACACCUUUCAUCUUCGCCACUCCUAACACUGAGGUAAAAACCCUCCAGUCUCUGAACUCCCAGCAGGCAGCAAUGAUCAAACUGAUCGAAGCCAACUUCACCCAGACCAACCAGUACAUCCGCAUCGAGAGGGACAAUGCCAUCAAGGACCGUGACGCCCACAACCUUGAGACCAUCUCUUUGCGGAGGGAGAACAACAACCUGAAGGAACACCUGAAACUCUACACCCAGAAGUGUAAAGAGGACUUUGCUAAGUCUCUGGAGGGGAUCCAAAUGGUGACCAGUAACUUCCUGGUGCGCAUCGACAACCUGUUCCCCCACUCCAUGACCUUUCACCUGACCUGUGAGAAGCAGACAGAGCAGAUGGAGAACAUCAGGGCCAGAUGCUCCAACCUGUCUAAGGAGGUUGAGGACAAGUUCCAGAGAUACCUGGACAACGUGGGGAACAAGGUGGCAAACAUCCAGGUCCAGUCCAGUCGCCUGGAGGUCCAGAACAGCCAUCUGACCCUUGACCUCCAGCAGUGUGUCCAAAACCGCAGCGUGACGGCGGCGGAGGGCAGCAGGCUACUGUUAGAGAUCCGGGAGAACCACGACAGGCAGGUAGAGACCCUGCUGAAGGAACAGAACCGGCUGAGGGAGGAGAAGAGCCUGCAGGGAGAGAGACUGAUUCUGAGGGAGGCUGAGGUCAAAACACUCAACGGGAAUGUCGAGUCACUCACCACCGCUCUAACCAACUGUAACCCUAAGCUCACCGGCCAAAAGCCUCUCGGACUGAUGUCAGCCUUGAAGGGAGGGCCAUCCAACGCAGCACCAGUGAUCAGUAAACCCCACAUGGCGAGGUGAGGAGAGACGGGUGUGAGGAAGAUGCCCCACUCACACAGCUCUACCUAGGCCAUGACCGAGUGAGAAAAUUAAGGCACUUACUGUUAUGGUCCCUGGAGAAUUGGGUGUGAUGCCUUUCAGUGAUCAAUGUGUGCUCUUAGACCUUAAAAAGUCCAUGUGUAAAUACUACAGACACUAUAGGUUGUAUCUACUGUCCUACAUCAUGUACACUGAACAAAAAUAUAAUUGCAACAUGUGAAGGUGUUGUUGCCAUUUUUCAUGAGCUGAAAUAAAAGAUCUCAGAAAUGUUC